CUAUACUACAACGACCUUGUUGCUUGAAUUACUAUAGUAACUUUAUUAAUAUUAUUAAAAAAGGCUUAUCUUUAUGUAGUGAAUAAAAAUAUGUGGCCGAUGAGAGAGAGAGAGGAGGAAGAAAAGGUUCUGCUCUGUGUAGUCUGUAGCGAAGGCAAAAGUAAUGGCGGCGGUAUCAUCCACUUCAGCAACAACGCUCUACAUUUCUGGGCCUCCGGGUGUUCACAAAAGGAAUGGUGCCAAGUACUGUUGUUUCCUGUCAUUGGAGAAGGGUAGCUCAAAGCUCCGUAGAUGUGCACAACUUGUGGUGAGGAGCAGCUCGGACGCCGGCGGUGGGCAGUCGUCGUCGGGCAGUGCAGCGACAACAGAGGUGGAAGAAGGAGGAUGGGAGGGCUCGAUUGAAGUUCCAGAGGGACCUCCCUCUUUGAUUUCUGCUCUCAACGUGGAAAGGGCUUUACGCGGCAUCCCGAUUACAGAUGUGGAUCACUAUGCUGUUCUUGGGCUUCGAAGAGGAUGCUCUUAUGAAGAGGUCACAGCUGGGUACAAGAACAAGGUGGAUGAAGUGCUGAACAAGGGACUGGAAGAGGAACAAGUGAGAGAUGAACUGGGAAUUCUCAAGGAAUCGUACUCCAUAUUGUCGUCCGUGGAGGAGAGGAGAAUGUAUGACUGGAGCUUGGCGAGGAAUGAUAAUCCAGAGAAGUACAGUUGGCCGUCGCAGUCUGAUAUCACGCAGAUCGCCUCGCCGGAGACUCCGCCCAUCUUGCAGGAGCCAGAGGACGACGGACCGACGAGAGCAGUAGGGUACUUCCUGUUGGGCUGGUUUGUGUUAUCUGUAGUUUUGUCCAUAGCACUCAAUCGGUGACAAAUCUCUUUUCUUCUUUUUAACAUCUUUUCUACUUGGAAGGAUGGAUAAUGUAUAUGUAGCUAUUGAUCAAUUGGUGAUAUAGUAUUGAUCAAUGCCGUCAAAAUCGCGUUUUAAAGUUUAUGUUUUUACACUUUCAGGUCAUUUUAAUGCUUCUAUAUAGAAACACACUUUUUUCUUACAAAUGUAGUCAAAAUCUACGCUUUAAAGUUCAAAAACUUAUGAUUUUACACUUCUAUGUAGAAGAACGCUUUUGACUGCAUUGGUACUAAUUAAAAAGAAAAUUAGAGUUUACAA